CCAUCUCUCUCUCUCUCUCUCUCUCUCUCUCUCUCUCUCUCUCUCCUUCAAGGGGCAGCAAUGGAAGGGUUGUCUGCGGAUUCAGGGCGAACAGAUGAGAAUGGGGAUUGAAGAGGCCUCAUUUCCUUCAGAAUGGGGAAAGUUGAAGAAGAACAAUCGCUUUCUUCUACUGCAACUGCUGAAAUUUCGGAGGAAAAUGUGGUGAAUCACUGUCAGAUCCCCAAAUUUGUUCGGCUAAAAUGUGUUAUUGUUCUGCUCUUUGGGUUCGCUGUUUUGUUAUCUGGGAUUUUCUGGUUGCCGCCCUUCUUGCGGUAUGGGGAUCGAGGGGAUCUGGAUCCGAACUGGCAAGCUUAUGAUGUAGUGGCAAGUUUUCAACUGAAAAAGCCACUCUCUCUGAUACAAGCAAAUAUUCCUGAGCUUGAGCAGAACAUCUUCGAUGAGAUUGAAAUUCCCUCCACGGUGGUUGUAAUAUCCCUGACGACUUUGCCUGGAUCAAACUCAACAAGUGUGGUGUUUGCAGUAGUGCCAUAUAACAAACAUUCAAGCAUAACUGCAACUUGGCUAAGUCUAGUGAGGGCCAUUUUUGAGUCCUUUAUUAUACAGCAGUCGUCUCUCCACGUGAAUGAGACAUUGUUUGGGGAUCCAGUUUCUUUUGAACUUCUAAAAUUCAAGGAUGGAAUUACAGUGACACCUCAGCAGAGUGGAUAUCUUCUGCAGAAAGCACAAAUAUAUUUCAAUUUCACCUUAAACUUCUCUAUUCAUCAAAUAAAAGAAGAUUUUACUGAGUUGACGAAGCAGCUGAGGUCUGGCUUACAUUUGGCUUCAGACGAGAAUUUGUAUGUUAGCAUGACGAAUUUAGAAGGGUCGACAGUGGCUCCUCCUACUACCAUUCAGGCAUCUGUCUUGCAGGCAGUUGGAAAUCAUCCUCCUCCGAAGUCGAGGUUGAAGCAGUUGGCUCAAACCAUAAACAAUGGUUCUGCAAGGAACCUUGGACUCAAUAACACCGAAUUUGGUAGAGUUAAGUCGGUGCAACUUUCUUCUGUUUUGGAACACUCCCUCAAUGGUGGUAGCACUAAUGGGUCACCUAGUCCAGCUCCUCUGCCCCAUCCCCACCACCACCAUCAUCACCACCACCACCACCACCACCAUCAUCACCAUUCUAAAAGUCACCACCAUGACGCUGACAUGGCUCCUGCUCCUGCCCCGGACAGUAGCUACACAGCAAAGCCUCCUCCUGGUUGCCAAAGUGGAUCUAUGACCAAGCCCAGGGGGCGCCACCCUCGCUUGGUCCCUCAUAUUGCUCCAGUAGUUUCUCCGCACCAACCUAACCCUAGUGCUGCACCAAAUCUAGAUGUAGAGACUCCUGCACCAACACCACAUUUACCUCCCACAUUUCCUCCGUUGCCGGCUGUUGUUUUUGCCCAUUCUCGGCCUCCAAGUAAGAGCAUUGAAGAUGUGGAGACUCCUAAUGCUACACCAUCAGUUUCACCUUUGCCAUCUUCAUCUUCUGCAGGCCGCCUUCCUCCCUUUGUAAGGGCACUUCCACUGCUGUUGCUACUGAUAAUAGAGUUAUAAUGGAAGAUAAGAUGGAGAUUUUUUCCCCCUAGUUAAAAUCGCCUCACUAGCUUCCGACGGACAAAAGCAGCUCAUCAGUCCCAGACCUUUCAAUUGAGAAAAGAGAUUGGAGGUACUUGAAAAGUGAGAGCAGCACGAAGGGUGUGCCUCUCAUCCAAGUGGGAUAUAUUUUGUUUUUGUGCGUGUAUAUAUUGAUUAUAUUGCUGUCAGCGGAUGUGUUUCAGGUCAAAGCCACAGAGGUUGGCAGGCCUUUGGUUACAUGUUAUCGCUGCUGCUCUUGUUGUGUACGACUAUCCUGCAGAAAUGUAAUGAGAAAUAGAAGAGCUUUUGCACAACAA